AUGCCUGGCAAAGAGCACACGAAGCUGUCAUUCCGACAGCACAUGCAAACGUUUUUUGAAUCUUCGAAGGUGCCAGAAUUCUACUUCCGUAUCAUUCUUAAAGCACCACUUGCCAUCCAGCUGGAUAAUCCAGAACCUUUUCAGCUCACAAUAGAAGUUCGACCUCAGCUCGACAGAACCAGUGACAUUCUUCAAGACCGGAUGCCAAGCGUUGUAGUCGCCGAUAUUCAAAUGGUUCUCAAGCAAAACACGGUCCUUAUUGGAGAAGGCUUAUUUGGCGGUAGCGCUACAUACGACGAUUGGGAGCUGGUGGAGCUGGGGCUAAGCCAUGCCUUUAGAAAGCAGAAGUCCCCUAUCACCAUCUCGACGGCCAGCGAAGAUCCAGCGGUGAAUAUAGGUGAAAUAUUUGGGCUGACCAUUCACCAACGUGGAUUGGCUUCGAAUGGAAGAAUUCUAGUUGGUGACAAGGAUAUCACCCCGAAUUCCUCACUUAUAAUAUUGGCCGCACGUAUGAGGUUGGGUGGCAGGUAA